UACUUUCUCCCCCAUCUCGAUCUGCAUCCCUUUCUACUCGAUCUGCAUGUACAGGACUCUGUGUGUGCGUGUUUCAUAGAGAGAAAGAGAGAUGGAUGAGGUGGUUGAGGAAAAUGGUGCGUCUAGGACAGUGGACGCGCCAUCUCCGGUGGUCUCAGCCCCUCCUCCUGCUCUGGAGUCGACGCAAUACAAUACACCAUCAUUGUCAAGAAAACCAUUACUCAUGUCAAUAGAACAUCCAAAUGCUGCAGCCAACAAAAGUAGUACUCCAAAGCCGUCGGCUUCUCGAACUCCCAAUAGCUUCAUGACACCGUUGGGUAGCCCCAUAAGGAGAGCAAUCCAAUUGACAAAGCUUGAUCCUCAAGAUGCUUGGCUUCCCAUCACCGAGUCCAGAAAUGGCAACGCAUACUAUGCCGCCUUCCACACUCUUUGUUCUGGUAUUGGAAUCCAAGCACUUGUACUCCCUGUUGCCUUCACUGUUCUUGGCUGGGCUUGGGGAGUGAUAAGUUUGACAAUAGCAUUCGUAUGGCAACUCUAUACACUCCGCCUCUUGGUCAGGCUUCAUGAAUCCAAUGAAACUGGGAUGCGAUACAGCAGAUAUCUCCAACUCUUCAGUGCUACUUUUGGUGACAAGAUGGGGAAGUUCUUUGCAAUGUUUCCAAUCAUGUACCUAUCAGGUGGCACCUGUGUUGCGCUCAUAAUAAUUGGUGGUUCAACCAUGAAGCUUUUCUUCCAAAUAGUAUGUGGUGGGCAUGGUUGCUCUGCCAAGCCAUUAACAACCGUGGAGUGGUAUUUGGUGUUUACAUGUGCGGCUGUUCUUUUGUCUCAGUUGCCUAACUUGAAUUCGAUCGCCGGAGUCUCUCUGGUCGGGGCUGUCACGGCAAUCGGAUACUGUACCAUUAUGUGGAUAGUGUCAGUCACUGAGGGUAGACUUGAUGGGGUUUCCUAUGACCGAGUUGAACCAGCCUCUAAUGUUGUUUGGAUUUUUGGCAUUCUAAAUUCCCUUGGGAUCAUUGCUUUUGCUUUCAGAGGCCAUAAUCUUACACUCGAAAUUCAGGCAACCAUGCCUUCAAGUGAAAAGAAUCCAUCCCAUAUUCCAAUGUGGAGAGGAGUCCAAUUUGCAUAUCUAGUCAUUGCAAUGUGCUUGUUUCCCCUUGCAAUAGGAGGUUAUUGGGCUUAUGGCCACAAGAUUCCUGAAAAUGGAGGAAUGCUAACUGCAAUCUAUCAAUUCCAUGGUAGAGAUACUUCCCAGACUAUUCUGGCAUUAACUAGCUUAUUGGUCAUAAUUAAUGCUGUAAGCUCAUUCCAACUCUAUGGCAUGCCAAUGUUCGAUGACAUGGAGUCCAAAUACACCAGCAGGAAAAAUAAGCCAUGCCCAUGGUGGCUAAGGGCAGUGUUUCGUGCCAUGUUUGGUUACGGUUGCUUCUUUGUUGCAGUGGCAAUCCCCUUCUUGGGAAGCUUGGCAGGCCUCAUUGGAGGUGUCGCGGUACCUGUAACCUUUGCCUAUCCCUGUUUUAUGUGGUUAAAGAUAAAGAAGCCCAGGAAACAUAGCUUUUCGUGGUGGCUCAACUGGGGACUGGGACUCUCCGGCAUGCUUCUGAGCAUUCUGCUGAUUUCUGCAGGGGUAUAUGUUGUGAUUGACACUGGUAUUCAAGUCAGCUUCUUCAAGCCAUAAUGAUUUAAUAUUACUGUUUGGUUAAGCGAUGUUUGGUUGUCAUUAACCAAAAGCAUAUCAUAAUAACUAUCUAGUGUUAAUUUCUUCUGUUUUUUAUUGUUAAUUCUUGUUUAGACAACUAAUAGGAGGCCUUCUUAUGUAUUAUCAUUUGUUUCAUGUAUUUGUGUAUGAUCUAGAAAUACUACCUCCAGUCCAAAAAAGUGCCACUUUUUAUAAAUUGUGACAGUUUUAAUGUGUGUGAGUCACGGUUUCCCAAAAGUGACACUUUUUAUGGGACGGAGGGAGUAUUUUGUAACCUUCUUUUUCUUUUUCUUUUCU